CGGAUAUUUUGAUCGGACUCGGUUUCUUACAUCUGUCAGGAUAGACACUGCUCAGCAGGUGGAGGGAUGAGUCUCUCCCCUGUGAGUGGCACAGAAGUGCCAGAAACAGCAAACGGGGUUGCAACACCUGUUGCUCUAGAGAACGGCCCUCAAGUUCCAGUCUCUGUGAAAUGUUCAAGCAGAUUACCAGGUCCCGGGGAGGCAUCUGUGGACGGAUCCCUCGUACACACAGAGAACCAUGCUGAUGUGGAAAACAGAGUUUAUGAUGGCAAUGACCACUUGGACACAGAGAUGGACAUUAAUGGGAGAACAUCUAGCUUAUCAUUACAGAGCCCUCGGAUGGCAGACCUCUCCCUCCCUGCAGUGACAGACACAGAAGACUUAGAACCGGGAUCCAAAGACACACACAUUCCUGAAGCCCCUAAGACUGUGGACCCCACUGAUGCAAUUCUUCUGUGGGACUCAGCACUGUAUAGGCAGUCCAAAGACUCAUGCCAGCAAGAAGGCCCAUUCACCGUGGACAGACAGCAGACAGAAGCAGAGACUGCAGAUGGAGGCUCUGACAGCCGAGAGGAGGAGGUAGAUGGAGAGAGAGAAAAACAGGAUGUGGAGGAGGAUGAGAAGAAUGAAAACAAGUUGGAGAAUCAGCAUGCCGGAAGGAGAACAGAGUCUUCACAACGCUACUCGUCUUCAGCCCCUGGUCCGAGUACCUCCACCUGUUCUUCUCCUCCACCUCCUCUUCUUUCAUCAGAUGAUACCCCAUGCCCUCCGCACAUCAUGGCCCAGGUCUGGGUUCGCAAUGUCCGGGGGAUGCAGGACAGCAAGAGCCUGGAUGAAAUUAGCCAAGCUUGUGGAGGUGGUUCAGGGGCUCGAGGAGGGGGCAGAAGUGGCCAGUCAGAAGGCCGAAGGGCCACCAUCUCCUCGGCUUUGGAACUAGAGGGGACGGUCAGCCACGAAGGAGACCUGACUAAUUUCAUCACAAAAAACCUCGAGCAGAAGAUCAAAAUGAGCUCCAAGCCUAGUUUGGACUGCAGUGACUCGGACUGUUCAGGUCCCAUUUACCGAGGCCGAGGGCUGACACGGAGACCAGCGGAUAUACCACCCAUUGAUCCCACUGUCCUGUUGGACCUUCAGAGACACACCCAGGAAGUGGCACACAGUGUGGAGAUGAUGAUGCGAAGCCUCAAUGGAACCAUCCAAAAUAUGACAGCUCUGAGUGUGGGCUACAUCCAGACCUACAGAGACUCAGUGGACAGCCUGGGAGAGUCUGUAGAUAUGAGUAUAAAGGGCAUGUACACGCUAAUGGCUCGCUGCGAGGAGCUGGAUCGUUCCAUGCAACCUAUACACAACCUGGCUGCGCAGAUACGCGACAUCAAACGCACCCUUGACACUCUGGAGGCAAUCUGCAAGUAACACCAUUAAUAAACACCCCAGAUGCCAAGAUCCAGCAUCAGGCGCAUGUGUGCAACCAAGUUCACCCUUGUGCAGGUAGCGCACACAUACACACACUCCAGCAAAGACACCUGUGGAGUCCAGGAGCUGUUGCUACUCGGCAUGUUGGAUUUUUGGUACUCCUAGUUCCUCUGGACUGACUUACAUAUUCCUCAUGUUUGUGUUGUGAGAUCUCAGAUGAACUGUGCUUAAUUCGCUCUUCAGGCUGAGCUUUUUCUUUUUCAGAAAAUUUCCUCUAAUCAAGUUGUCAAGAAACUAAAUCUCACCAAUUAACCUGUUUUAGAGCUGCUCGUAUCUUGGACACAUGCACACAAACAGAUCAUUAAAGAAGGUGGAAUAAAUGGACUUUUUUUUUUUUCUUCUUAUUUUUUUUCCUUUUUCCACUUGACGGUCUAAAAAGGAGUGAGUUAGUUUCCGUCCAGACUGCUUUGGUUCAGAUUGCACUAACUUCUGCUCCCCACAUGGAGGUGAUGUUUCGUUCCCUGUCUCUCUGCCUCUGGAGAGGCAAUAAUAAACUGCUCAGAAGGCGGUGACUUUUGCACAGGAACAGAAAGUCUAUUUUUUACUAUUAUGCAACGAGGAUCAGAUUCUUUCACUGCAAGCUAAAUUAGCAUUGUGUCAUGUCUGUUUGUCUUUUUUUGUGUGUUUAUGUUCUCAGUCUCCUCAGCAUGCGUGCUUGUUCAGAAACACUGAGACUGUGUGUCAUUGGGAACCAGUACAGUCAGUACUCUGUCAGUGCAGUCCAAGAUGAUGUUGAGUACAUACCUGGGAAAAAUAUCUUGUGUAGCCUUCACAGUGGCUUUGAAUAUUAUUAUUUAUUAUUUAAAUAGUAUAAUAUUAAAAGCUUCAGGUACCUGAUUUCCUUUGAUUUUUCGAUGUCAUUCAUACUGCUGGAUCUUGACAUUGAUCUCCUGAUUUUAAUUUUCCAUUAUUCAGUUGCAUCAGAACUCUUACACUGAACUGUUGCUUCCUUGAGACUAUGUAAAGUGCACCUUAUGGGCUAAAUUGUAAACAUAUUCAACAGUUAUAAAAUUGUGAACAUGCAGGGGCAUCAUCAUUGUGCAUAUUUCAAAAAUAAAUGCAUUGUAUCUUUGCGUGCACACAGGGCUGAUCUCAUUUUCAUUAGGACUUUUUGUGCUGAGAAGACAUCAGCCUGAAAUCUGAAGACAGCUGGCUAGCUUACAUUAGCAACCCAGGAGACAGACUGGAUUAAGUAAAAUUAUGACUUACAUGCCUCCAUAACUUGUAGCCAGAGAUAACAUCUCAUUUUGUCAACAAACACAAACCAAGGGCUCGGAUCAGUGUGCAGUCUUUUUAUAUUCAGUCUGGCCCCCUCAUGAAUAUAGUCGUGACUCAAUGUGGCUUUGGUAGUUUUAAAAACCAUUUAUGUGCACGUUAUGACAGCUCAUUUUUCCAAGGUGUAGACACUUGACAGUCUAUGCAGCUUUGACUGAACCACUCGCAGCAACUAAUGGUUGCAUCCACACAAAACAUCCACACAAAACUGAGCAAAAAAAAAAAAAGUGCAAAUAUUGAUUUCCAGUGAAAUCUGAAGCUAUUGAAAGCCUUUUUCUUUCCAGGCCAAUAACUACAAAUACACUGCUUAGUGUCAUUAUUAAUUGCAUUGUGUUGGUUAGGUUCCUGUUCACCCAAAUUAAAGAAAUUAUUUAUGCAUUAGCUCCAUUUAAAACACAUUUUGAAUCCAUUAAACUAUUCUUGAAGAAUGGUUGUGGGAACUUUGCCAGCUAUGGACUUAAAUAUGGUGAAUGAGUCGGAGGGUUUGACCGCAGCUUUUACUUUUGUGAAGGUGGGGAUGCCUUUCCUUUGACUUAAUAAAUGUGUAUUUGAAACCUGGAAAAGGAAAAAAUUUAUUUAGAUUCAGAAUUUUGGCUUUUGAUUGCACUGAGAUGUCAGAGAGUAAUUACACAGACCGCAGCUUUUUAUAAUCUCAGCAUGGGAAUGAUUGGACACAGUGUUGUAACUAAAUAGAUUUACAGCUUUUGGAUGUGAGCUGAGGUGGACUCCUAUCAGAUCUGAUUACAAAGCAUUUAUUAAUUUACUGAGUGUUGAAGCCAAUGACUGCAGUGUCGCCUGACUAGGCCUUCUUAAUUUAAUGAAAAAUCUUUGGUACCGCUGUAAUUGCACUGGUAGGAUUAAUAUAGAUCAGAGUAUGUGUUCUAGAUCUUGAUUCUAAUAAAGAACCUGCAUCUAUAUUGCAGAUGUCAUUUGGAAUAAGGGGUCUUGUUUAGGUUGUUUUACACUGGACAACUGCAUACAUGUUUAUCAGUAGGGUUUCAUGAUUUAUCCAAACCAAAUACUGAAGUCAUUUUUAACCUACCAAACAUUGUAAGAGCAAUACUGUAACCAAGGUAAGUACACAAAAUGAUGAAGCUUAAAUCUGCUAUAAAAUGUGUCACUUUUAAAAAUCUUUUCAAAGUGACUCAUUUGGAUGUAUAACUCAGAGCAGUGCUUUAACUCUGCAGAACUUGUCCCCGUAUGCAGCUGUGCGCUUGUUUUCAUCAGUGUGGGUAACGAUCAAGCCAGAUAACAGAAAAUGGGUUACUUUGUGUAAAACUGCUCUUUUAUUUUCUUAAUUACUUUCCUCAACCUUGUUGGAAAAAAGUUUAUUAGGGAUAAAAGGUUGAGUCAGAAAAUAUUAUAUGAUGAUGAAAGCAAAGGUAAUAAUCAUCUCGGUUCCCUCAAUUAUACUGAAAUACGUGUGUGUAAAGAUGUAAAUGCUGUUUUGUAGAUGACUGUAAAAAGUGCCACUGGACUCGAUAGGUCUGAGGCAAGAGAGUGUCCUAGAGCUGCGAUCUAAGAGAGGAAAUGUCAUUCUCUUCUUUUCAUAUAUAUAUAAAAACUCAUUUCUUUUCUGUUGUACAAUCAGAGGCACCUGUGUACAUAUGAUCUCUUUCUGUGACUAAAAAUGAUUUAGAUACUUUUUGUCUUGAGUGUAUAUUUUAAUGAAAAAUAAAUUUACAGAGGCUGCAAAAAAACCCCACAAACAUUUGGAGCUUUUGUUUUACAGAAUAUUCCCUCAAGGUAGACAGGAUUAUAAGAAUAAUAUAGGAAUUAAGAGGGUAAGUAGCAGCCAGGUGCUGCCAAGCAAACACACAUGGUUAUCGGCAAGUGUGAACACUGACGUAAAAGCAGACGUUUUGGUAGUAGAAAACCAAAGCACAGCACAUCAGCACAAACGCCUCUUACCAACUGUCAAGCACGGUGGUGGAGGGGUGAUGAUUUGGGCUUGCUUUGCAGCCACAGGGCCUGGAGGCCUUGCAGUCACUGAGUC